GUGAGACGAGUUAUUUAGGGGCAUGACUUCUUAACGGACCAGUGUGGAAGUUAUUAAAGUUUCCACGAUGUUCGCCUGCAAACGGAGCCUGACCAACACUUUGAUAUCCUCUUUCCGGGUUUUCCGCACCAACCAAGUUGUUCUCACCGGCAGUGUUCAGAGGUGUCUCUCCUCACAAACAGACGGAGAGGUACGCAUCGCUGCCAUACUGAAGGAGAAGUUCCCGUUAGCCUCUUCGCUGAAAGUUGUGGAUAUUUCAGGUGGUUGUGGAGCCAUGUAUGAGAUCCAUAUAGAGUCCAGUGAGUUCAAAGGGAAAAGGACAGUUCAACAACACCAAUUAGUGAAUCAGGCACUCAAGGAUGAGAUUCAAGGAAUGCAUGGACUACGAAUAUUCACUGGUGUUCCAAAUUAGUUUAAGAAAGUCUCUUUGCCAGGAACUUUUUUCCUUUCUCUCUUUUAUCUAUUAUGAAUGUACAGUUUGAAAGAGCAUAUUGUGUAGUUAAUGUAUUCAGUUACUGUUAGCUGUGCAAAAUGAGUAAGAAACAUAAUUAUACUUUAUCUUUUUUAAACAACA